GAAAAGGAACCCCAAAAAACAGGGGAAAAUAUUAUAGACGUUUUAUUUGAUGAAAACAAAACUGAAAAGGAAGCGGUAGACGACGAGUCUAUGAAAAUAUCAGACGCGUCUGACGCGGAAGGUACUGAGCGAAAGAACGAAAGGAGCGUUGAGAAGGCUUUGUCAAGUUUAUUGGAUGAAGAACCCGGAUCAUCGGAUUUUGACUUCAAAACGUGGACCAGAAAAAAAAGGUUAUCGAUAACCAAUCAAGAGAGAUUGAACUUCGUGGACUUAGGGGAGAGCUCUUCUGAUGAAGAUAAAAAGCAGACAACCUCCGCAACUAAACAAUCUCGAGCAGAUCUCACUACCGAAGACACAUCUAGCGAUGUUCCGCAUGCAAUGACAGAGAUCACAAAGUCUCCAGUGCUAGUGAAAGACGAGGUGAAACCCGAUGAAGCAGUGACAGUUAAAACGAAAUCCCCGACCAAAGCAGAGGCUCCAACAUCACAUUCUUCGGAAACCAAGGCACGUUCUCCUAUCGGACUAGAAGUUUUUAAUCUGGAUUCCGACGAAGAAGAUUCAAAUAUGAAGCCAAUCACUGAAAUUGAAGCAGUAAAAGAAGCGCCAGAAAAAUUACGUAAACUACUGAAGUGCAUCAAUAGAUCGUGCACCAACAACGAUCCAAAUAUCGCGUUCUAUAUACCGGAUAGACGCACAGUCCACUACUUUGAUGCGGAUAAAAAGAAACAUGCCUACGUGUGUGAAAAGUGCGCCGAUAUCGUCGAGAAACGGAAUCAGGAUCUCAUAGAUGGCAUCAGGAACUUCACGCCUCUAUUUCAACUGCACACCACCAGAAUAUCUGAAGAGCUGGUCGAGAUUUCGGACUCUGAUUCGGAUGAGGAGGUGGAAUCUGGUCCGGUGCAAUUACAGCUCGUGGGCGCAGAGGGAGCCGAAAUGCUGACUGAGAAAUUGGCCGACAUGAUCAACGAGACGUGGGAAAAAUUCCAGAUGGAUACUCGUAUCGAAGAAUCUCGCAAAGAACUACUGGAAGAAAUGGACAGGUUGCAGAAGGAGAGUAAGGACCUCGACACUAUAUUCAACGAAUGUCAAACAGCGACGGACAAAUUGCGCAACUCUCUCUACGCCACGUUCGAUCCACUUAUACAGGAGCAGCCAGCGAUUGUCAUAUUCGACACGCCCAAUUGUUCUAACACAGGCAUGGAACAUACAAUCGGGCGUCGUCUAAACAAGCGUCGUCUGUCGCCGUCAAGAGAAACGUCCGAGACUCCCACGAAGAAAUCAGUAUCAUCCCUAACCGCAUCAGUUGCCUCAGAAAGUAGUAUCGGAUAUUCAGAACAUAAACGAACCCUAGAACAGGACGCAAGCACUGCACCUUUUGUUGAGAAGUGUGACGACGAUAAUAUGGACAUAUCGGUAGUUCAACUGUCAGUUGAAGUGGCCCCGGCGGACUUGCCCCCACCAGGGGACCUAUCUCAUCCACCAAUCAGAUUGGGCAUGACAGUAUAUGCCAUGAAAAAUGCAUUCGGCACAUGGCUGAGGGCUAAGGUUGUUGAGAUCCAACCCAAGGCACAUAACAUACCUUUCACGAUGGUUCGCGUUAGGUUCGAGCACAAAGUUAGCAAGAAUCCUUUCAAAACAUUGCCGGCCAGGUGCUUAGCAUACUUUGAACCGUCGGAAGUCAGGAUGACUAUUGGUACACGUGUGAUAGCGCUGUUCAAAGACAUCAGUUUGCGUCAGGCAUACUAUUCCGGGAUUGUCGCCGAGAUCCCGAAUCCUGUCAAUAACUAUCGGUACCUAAUAUUCUUCGACGACGGCUACGCUCAAUACGCGACGCAUUCGCAGACUCGCCUAGUUUGCGAGUUCUCUUCGCUUGUAUGGGAGGAAGUUCAUCCAUACUCUCGCGAGUUCGUGCGCAGUUACUUGCUCGCUUACCCCGAACGACCUAUGGUGAGGUUACACGCGGGGCAGAAUUUGAAGACUGAAUGGAGAGGAAAAUGGUGGUCGUCUCGCGUGAUAAACGUGGACGCAUCUCUGGUGGAGGUCCAAUUUCUGCGAUGCGACAGACGCGAGUGGAUCUAUCGUGGCUCUACGCGUCUUGCGCCGCUCUACCUAGAGUUGCAGGCCGCAGAGCGACACCGCCCUAGAGCUUUACCCCGCACUCAGCCGCAAGUAAGGGUGAACAUGCCGUACGUGGAAUACACGAGGUCAGAUGAGCAAGCGAAUAAACAACCACAAACUCAGCGUCAACAACAAAACGAGGAAAUACGUCGACAACGCGCUGUAGCCAAGAAGUCGACGGCUAUAGCACCACAGCCUCCGGUAGCAGCCAACAACGACGAUGCCACUGACAGCACCACUAGCAGAGUUGUCUACUAUACGCCCAAAAACGCAGUGAAGCCAUUAAAAAUGACGCCGCACACGUGUUCGCCGAAGUGCAAGAGGACGGAUGUGCUCGCUCUAAAAGAGUUACGGACUUACAAUCCGCUCGCAAAACCUCUGCUGAGCGGAUGGGAGAGACAAGUUGUACGUGGGAGAGGGCUAAAGCAAGUGAUGUACGUGGCGCCGUGCGGGCGGCGCCUGCGCAACGUGCGUGAACUGCACCGUUAUCUGCGCUCUACGGACUGCGACAUGCCAGUGGACCUGUUUGACUUUUCGCCGACCACGCAUUGCCUUGCGGAGUACGUGCUCAACAAAUGCUUCGUGGGGAAAAAGGACCUGUCCCACGGGAAGGAGAUCGUACCGGUGCCGUGUGUGAACUGCGUCGACGAUUCGUUGCCGGAGUUCUGCUCCUACAACACCGAGCGAACGCCGACUGCGGGCGUGCCUCUUAACCUUGACCCUGAGUUUCUGUGCGGUUGUGACUGUGAGGAUGAUUGCGAGGACAAAGCUAAAUGCGCCUGCUGGAAAAUGACGUUAGAGGGCGCUAGGACCAUCGGUUAUGAAGGUGAUGUCGGUUACGAUUAUAGAAGGCUGCCGGAACCCUUGCCUUCUGGGAUUUAUGAGUGCAAUUCCAGGUGUAAAUGCAAAAAUACUUGUUUGAACCGCGUGGCACAACAUCCUUUGCAGCUUAAGUUACAAGUUUUCAAAACUGAUAAACGCGGCUGGGGCAUUCGUGCAUUGAACGACGUGCCAAAGGGCGCUUUUCUCUGCGUGUACGCGGGCAACCUUUUGACGGAUGCCACUGCUAAUUUGGACGGUCUCAACGAAGGUGACGAGUAUCUCGCCGAGUUGGAUUAUAUAGAAGUUGUGGAACAGAUGAAGGAGGGCUUUGAGGAAGACAUACCGGAUAAAAUCAAAGCCAAGGACAAGAAAGAGUUAGCAAGAAAGAAAGCUGAAGAAGAGGACGAAGAGGACGAGGAGUCGUCGGAAGAAGAGAACACCACUAAAAGGAGUGAGCAAGAAGAUGAUGACUUUGUGCCCGGCAUCCCAGGUUUAGGUUUAGGCGUUGCCGCGUUCAGCAAACGUUUAAGAAGAAGGGACUCCAGGAAGGAAGAGGAUACCAAACCGCCAGUAAAGGAAAAAGAAGCUGACGAAGAUUGUAUCACUAUUAGCGACGAUGAAGAAGUACGCGAGCCUUCUUGCUUCACGGCGGCCGCUGGGAUGGGAAAUAACCAAUUCAUCUCCAAAUAUAGAUCAGUCCGCACUUUGUUUGGUGAGGACGAAGCGUGCUACAUCAUGGACGCGAAGGUUCAAGGCAACAUUGGACGAUAUCUUAAUCACUCGUGCACACCGAACGUGUUUGUGCAGAACGUUUUCGUGGACACCCACGAUCCCCGUUUCCCGUGGGUGGCGUUUUUCGCACUGCAUCACAUACGCGCCGGUACUGAAUUGACUUGGAACUACAACUAUGACGUAGGUUCGGUGCCCGGGAAGGUGUUGUAUUGCUUCUGCGGAGCGCCCAACUGUAGGGGAAGACUACUUUAAUAUGGUUAAGAGUUUAGACUUUAGCCCCAAUUGAAUAAUUGGACACAGUUAAACGAAGAGGAUUUAACCUAUAUUAAAGUUGAAGUCUUGGACUUUUAGGGCCUUCAAAUGAAUUUGGGAUAACGUCUGUUGUAGAAUGUGGGGAUGGACUUCAAUAAUAAUAAUUAAAGAAGACUACUUCAAUAUGGUUAAGAGUUUAGACUUAACGAAAAGAAUACUACAUUGAAGUAGUUUACGGACAUUUAGGGCCUUCAUAGAUGUUGCAGAAUAUGGAGAUGAACUUUAAUAAUAUAAAUAAAUAGCUGUCCCAGCGAACUUCGUACCGCGGAUCUUU